GGGCACAACGCAAUUCUAAAUGCUCAUAAAUAGUAAAAAUCGUUAAUUAAAUUAUACUUUAUUUUUAAGUCAUUAGUUUUAUUUAAUUUAUUGAUGCUCGUAUCAAUUGUUUGUUGUUUGCAUUUUUUAACAAAGCAUCAUCUUAAAAACCAAUGGCAUUUAAAUAAAAUCAUUUCACAGGUAGAAAUAAUAUAACCACUGUAUCAGAAAAAAAAGAACUAAAAGUCGCGAUGGUAAAAUUUUUAUGCAUGUGAAAACUGCAACUAAGCCGGACAGAGUUUGGAGAAAAUGAUUUUCCUCGAAGAAUUAGAACAGACGGCGGCGGCGGCGACGGACGAGUACUUUGUACACGACAAAGAGUUUUGCAAGAUGUUCGUUUUAAAAUCCGGUUGGCCAUUGCCGGACGCUAACGCCAUGUACACCGAGCCCGAAUGGAAAUUGAACGAGUUCCAAGAACUGAAAGCUGCGUUGAACCGUACUAAACAGAAAUUGAACGAUUUCGAUUUAGACGCGUGGCACGUGCACACGGGCAAACUGAAUCCGGCCGGCCAGGUGGUGAACCACGUUAGGAGGCACGUGCGACCGGACUUCUUGACGCAGGCGUGGUGCAAGUUCUACGAGAUCGCGUGGAGUUCGGACCUGGUAUCCCUGGACGAGAUCCACGGGGAAGGCGGUACGUCGUUCACCAGCGUACAUCUGUGCGAGGCGCCCGGCGCAUUUAUCGCGGCUCUCAAUCAUUUCCUGGCCAUCAACUACGAACAACUGCGGCUCGACUGGUUGGCGAUGACGUUAAAUCCGCAUCACGAGUCCAACGGUCAUCCGGACAUUGUGACCGACGACCGGCUGAUGUUGCACACGCUGCCGAACUGGGAAUUCGGUCCCGAUUACACGGGCGACAUAUUCCAACCGGGGUACGCCGAACACCUUUACCGGACGGUUCUGGAUCGGUUCGGCGGCAAGGGCGCCUGGCUGGUGACCGCGGACGGGAGCAUCGACUGUUCGGACGACCCCGGCGAACAGGAGACAGUCGUGUCCCGGUUGCACGACCACGAGACCAUGGUGGCGCUCAACGUACUCCGGGACGGCGGGUCGCUGGUGCUGAAGGCGUUCACCGUGUUCGAGUGCAACACCAUUUGCCGAAUGUUCCUGCUGUGCUGCCUGUUCCGGUCAGUGGUGCUCAGGAAACCGGCGACCAGUAAGCCCGGCAACUCGGAAGUGUACGUAGUGUGUAAGGGUUAUAGGGGCCGAUCUGAGGCCAUGCCGUAUGUGCGAGCGUACUACGCGUACGACCGGCACCGGCGACCGAGCCUUGGCGGAGGCGCCUGCAGCAUGUUCCCGUUGUCGCUGGUGCCGGUCGAGUUCAGGCAGCGGCUGUUCGAGUGCGCCGAGUACUUUGCCCGCUUGCAGAUGCGCACGAUCGACGACAACGUAGUCGCUCUGCCGGUCCGGGAGACACUCUACUGCAAGAUGAAACCGGUGCAGGCGUCCUUGUGCCGGGAGUUCGUGGUCAGACUGGGCUUGCGGCCGAUUCGGUACAAACGGGAGCUAACGUCCGUGUCGCCGAACAACUUCGGCCACAAGACCAACUGGAGGGAUCGGGCGCGGAUCGGCCGGAAGCCGCCGCGCGGCCUGUCGUACUCGGAGAAGACGCGAAUCCGGAACAUGGACGCGGCGCAGGAGGCGGCCGCGCUGUAUCGGGAAGUGGGCCAGUGCCACGAGUGGAGCGCGUCACAGCAGCGGCAAAUGGACGACGACGUGGUUUGGCACAGGCGCGUGCACCUCGCGUACCGGCUGCCGGACGUGGCGUUUCGUUUGGGAAAACCGGUGACCGCGGUCAAGGGUUCCAAAUUUUGUUGCGAGGCGAUGAUUUACUACAGGCAGCGCGUGCUGUCCAGGUUCCCGCGGGUCCGCGGCGGCGGAGGUGCCGUGGACGCCGGGUGCCGGCAGUCGCACUACCGCGCCAAGAUCGAUCGGCCACGCGCGGCCGUUUGCGAUCUGACGGAAGUUAUCGACGAGCACGCUUCCGACAACACCGCACUGCAGCACCGGUGCCUGGUGGCCAUCGUGGACGCGUUGCGGUCCCUGUCCGACGGCGACGACCUGGUCAUCGUCGGCUAUCCGUUGUACACGCAGCUAUCGGUGGCCAACGUUUACGCCGUGGCCAAGAUGUUCGACACGUACGGCCUGGUCAAGCCCGACCGCGUCUACGGUCACGCGCUCGUGUUCCUCAAGUUCAGCAGCGCUCAUCACGGCGGCUGGCUGGCCGUGUUGGCCAAGGCCGUCGGGUGUCUGGUGCCCGGCGAUAACGGCGGCAUGGCGCUCGUUUCGUGGAUGCCCGUCAAGGUGUUGCUCGAGCAAAAGGUCUACGCAGACAUCGUGACCGUCAACAACCUGUGCAUCCUACACGAGGUCGAGCCAAUUUUGUUGUCGGCUUCGAGCGCUGCUCCCUCGUCUUAAAUGAUACGUAUAUUGUGGUUCGUGGUGCUAGACGGGUCGUUGUGCACGGAAAACGUGUGUCUGAAGCAAUUGUUCCUAAUUUACACAAAGUAGGUAAUAGCGUAAACUUCUCGAUAAAUUUCAUCGUAUUAUUAUAUCCGAGAUUUUUAGAAAACCGCUUAUCGUUUUUUUUUUUUUCGUUUCAAAAACUAAAUUUUAAACCAGUGAUUUUCGACUGAAACGUGUCGAUUGUGUACACAAUUUUUAUUUUCACGUCAGUUCUCUAGUCGGCACUAUGGCCGCGCGUGGUUUGUGCGCUUGAUUGCAGAUUGCAAUUGGUCCAACUAUUUUUCAGCGUGUUAUAAUAUUUUUUGACCAUGGUUUUGUUGUACUCCGAUUUUCUUCACCACUCGAAAGUUUUCACUUCAAUAAUGAAAGAUUAAAUAAUUUUACUUAUCUUUAUACUUUUUAAUGAGAGUACCUAAUAGAUGUUUUCCACGUUUGGUUUGAUCGUAUGUGUGUGAGCCUCACAUCCAUUCUUAUUCAUAAAUAAUAAUUAUAAUAAAGUUAGUGGCUAUUGGGUAUAUAUCGUUGAUAAUACCAAAGAUGUUAGAUAAUUUAUAAUUUCAGUUUAUAAGUAUAAUGUAAUCAUACUGAUAAGUGAUAAAAUUUAAGACGUACGA